AUGUUGCUGAAAGAGCAAGAGAGCAACAUGGAGCGUGCGUUAGAGAAAAAGCGAAUGCUUUUCGAGGAGAAAAUGCGCCAAAAGGAGCUGCAGGAAAGGAGCAUCCUUUAUGCAGAAGCGUUGCGAAAGAAGCAGGAGCAUAUAAUGCGGAUGAAGUCCAACCAGAGCUCAUUUGAGAAGGCGAUGGCUGCUCUGGAUGAAGAGCUAAAAAAAGUCAAAUUGGAAAAAGACGCCGGUGAAAGCGAUACUGCUUUGGAAAGCGACGAAGAAGACCAACCUUGUUCGGUAAUUUCGGAGAUUCAAUCUGCGAAAAGCGUCGAGCGUACUCGGAAACGAUCUGAGCAAGCAAACGAUGGAAGCCAAUACGGGCUGGGGCAACAUCGGACCGGGCCGACGAAAGCUCAGUUGGCAGCCAGAAAUGGGAUUACCAAAAAGCUUCCCUGCUUUUCCGGAAAACCAGAAGAGUGGCCACUGUUUUUCGGUACGUAUCAAGCCUCGAACGAAGCCUGCGGCUACACCGAUGUCGAGAGCCUUGUGCGACUGCAGGAGAGCCUUAAGAGACCGGCCCUAGAGUGGGUGCGCGGCCAACUAAUUCUUCCGCAGACCGUUCCGAGGGUAAUUAUCAAGCUGCAACAGCUGUACGGUCGUCCGAAACAAUUGCUACAGAGCCACCUGGAGAAAGUCCGCAAACUGGAGUCGCCGAGAGCUGAUAAGCUUGCCAGCUUCAUCCCUUUCGGGAACGCUGUGGAGCAACUGUGCGAACAUCUGGAAGCAGCAAAUCUCAAGCAACACCUCGUAAAUCCACUGCUUAUCCAGGAUCUCGUCGACAAGCUUCCUGACAGUGAAAAACGACAGUGGGUUCGCUUCAAGCGGUGCACCGAUGAAGUAACAUUGAGGACAUUCACAGAGUUUCUGUCAGAAAUAGUGGCGGACGCUUGCGAAGCGAAUGUAAGCAUGGAGUACAAGCUCGCGACUAAACCUGCAAGCGGUGGUCAGUUCGGGAGAGAACACGCAAAAGGGAGAGGAGCAAUGUACUACCAUAGUGAAGAGGAGAACUUGGAUGAAACCGCGAACGUCGAGCGGACAAGCUUUCGGCCGUGCAAAGUGUGUCAGUGUACUGACCAUCGUCUGCGGCAUUGUGCAGAGUUUAAGAAAUUACGAUAUGUUGACCGGCUGAAGGUUGUGAAUCACUGGAAACUUUGCUGUGUUUGUCUGAAUGAUCACAGCGGACGGUGCGGUUUCAAAAUACAGUGCAAUGUGGAAGAAUGCAGAGAACGACACAAUCCGUUGAUGCAUCCGUUGCACUUUGGAGGGCGAUCGAUUACGGUACUGACGUUUUUGGACGAAGGAGCGUCCGUUACACUCAUCGAGAAAAGGAUGGCAGAUCGUCUUGGACUUGUGGGUGUCCCGGAGAAGCUGACCAUUAAGUGGACAGCAGAUAUCACGCGAGUGGAGAAGGAUUCCAGCCGGAUGAAUGUGUGGGCAUCGGCAGUCGGAAGUAAGGACAAGGUGCUGCUGCACACGGUUUGA